CAGGAUAAAAGAUUGAUGUGCUAGCUAUAUCAGUUGACAAUAGAAUCUUGAGGAGACAGGAUGAGAACAGUGUCUCUGGCAUGGAUUCUGCUAACAUUGAGUUCUGUAUUUGCUUCCGAUCCUAUUCAAUGUAGAGAUGAAAACAACAACCCUGUUGAUUGGUUUGUUGUCAAUAAAUUUCCUCUCAUCAAAUACGCUAAGCAGUCGUUAAUAAAAACUGGAAAAGGUUAUAUGUACAUUACAGACACCCAAUUAGAUGACGGAUGGCAAAUUUCUGAAAGGAGCAUAGAUGCUGAGGACUCAAUUAUUGCUAAUACACUAUCAUUUUUGGAUAAUGUAAAGAAGGAUGAUAUGCUUUGGUUGGUAUACAAUGAUGAGGGUGAUGUGGAAUGUUCCAAUUGUGGCCACACCAAGGGCUUCAUUGCCGGUGACAGUUACAGUGGCUUUUGGUUGAUUCAUAGUGUACCAAAAUACUUACCAGGAAAAUAUCCAAGAACAGGUCUCAGAUACGGACAGAGUGCUUUAUGCAUAUCCCUAAACCACACAAAUUUAGACAUGAUAGGAGACUUCCUCAAAUACAAUAAACCAAACUUUCAACAAUGGCAUCUUAGUAAUACAUUAAGAAAACUUUACCCAAAAAUAACAGCAGCAGUAAAUUAUUCAGAGGACAAAGCUCCUUUUAAUAUUCAAAAGCCAAUUUAUAGUAAAAAUGGAGUCGAGUUCCAAGGUUUUGCAAAAUCACGAAAUUUCCAUACAGAUCUCUAUGAAUGGGUUGCCAAAAGUCUUGGUGAAGAUUUGUACACAGAAACAUGGAUAAAUGAACGAGGAGUCCUUCCUUCGAAUUGUGAUAAUGACUAUAGAGUAAUUAACAUAAUGUCAAUGAGACAUCCAAACUUUAAUCUUAUUUAUUCAACUCACAAAGAUCAUUCUAAGCUGGCUAUUGCUGCUUCAAAAGCUAACCCUUGGGUAUGUGUAGGUGACAUCAAUAGAGCUAAAUCACAGGAAAAUAGAGGAGGAGGAACUGUUUGUUUUAAUAAUAAUAAAUUGUGGAAUUCAUAUUUUAAGUUGAUAAAUUCAACUGAAAAAUGUCAGUCAUAUCUAAUUAAUACAUUCAAUCACGAAUCACCAAAUGUAAAAAUUCAAGUGAAUCUUUUAUGAAUAUAUUUAAAUAAAUAAAUUAUUUAAUUGUUUUUAUCCUGUUUAUUUAUUUUAAUUCAUUUAUAUUUUAAAAUAAACCCAUACAAUUGAUCUAUUCAUAUUAUACAUUGUGAAUAAGUAUAUAACCAUAUUAUAUAUAAUACCAUGCAACUACCAAUAUAAACAGUGAUCACUA